ACCGUCCCUGCGGAACCUCUGUGCCCGCGCCAAGUUUCCCCGCCCGGACGCUCAGAGAGGGACUUUUGUCCGCCUUAGAACGACGCCACGGUCGACCUGGUAUCCGCCAUGAAGUUUCGCGCCAAGAUCGUGGACCUGGCUUGUCUGAAUCAUUUCACACGAGUCAGUAACAUGAUAGCCAAGCUUGCCAAAACCUGCACCCUCCGCAUCAGCCCGGAGAAGCUGAAUUUCAUCCUUUGCGACAAGCUGGCCAGUGGAGGCGUGAGCAUGUGGUGUGAGCUGGAGCAGGAGAACUUUUUUAGUGAAUUUCAAAUGGAAGGAGUCUCUGAAGAAAACAACGAGAUUUAUUUAGAAUUAACGUCGGAAAACUUAUCUCGAGCCUUGAAGACUGCCCAGAACUCCAGAGCCUUGAAAAUCAAGCUGACUAACAAACACUUUCCCAGUCUUACCGUUUCCGUAGAGCUGCAGUUGUCUUCAUCAAGCAGUAGUAGCAGAAUUGUGGUGCAUGAUAUUCCUAUAAAAGUUAUUCCAAGAAGGCUGUGGAAGGAUCUACAAGAACCCUCCGUCCCAGAUGCUGAUGUCAGUAUUUGUUUACCAGCCUUGAAGAUGAUGAAGAGUGUUGUGGAAAAAAUGAGAAACAUCAGCAAUCACCUUGUGAUUGAAGCAAACCUAAAGGGAGAACUAAACCUAAAGAUAGAAACUGAGUUAGUGUGUGUGACUACUCAUUUUAAGGAUCUUGAAAACCCUCUAUUAUCCUCUGACAGUGUCUCUCAAAACAGACACCCAGAAGACAUGGCCAAGGUGCACAUUGACAUAAGGAAACUCCUCCAGUUUCUUGCUGGACAGCAAGUGACUCCCACCAAGGCAGUGUGCAAUAUUGUGAAUAACAGAACUGUCCACUUUGAUUUGCUCCUGGAAGACGUCUCUCUUCAGUAUUUCAUCCCAGCCUUGUCCUAGCACCAUCUCAGCAGACUUGGGAGCACAGAGACUUUUGUCUCAAUGAGAGAAGCACUGGACAAUAUGGUCAGUCAGCUGCCUGUCCACACAGUACCACACAUCUGUACUUGGCUUAUUUCUCUCCCUGUGUUGCUUUAAGCACAAAUGGAAUUAAUGAGGCAUAGUUGGAUAAUCAUUCCUUCAGAUUACUCAAUACUAACCCCCUUAUCCCCUUUAAGACAUUAAGAAGAAAAGAGAAUUUAUUUUUUAUAGGGUUUUUGUUGUUUUGUUUUCUUCUGGUACCGGAGAUGAGACCAGGGCCUCAGGCAUGCUAAGCACAUGCUCUGCCACUGAGCUGUCCCCCAUUCCUAUCUAAAUUUGAGUAGUGAUUUGUCACUGAGGUUACAAAAAUUAUAUGUGUAGAAUUCAUGUUGUAGUUAGUUCAGAGGAGUACUACCCAGGUAGUUUCCAGCUCAUUCCCUGGUACAGCACAAUUGUCUGCUUUCAGAGUGUAGCGUGCUCAUUUCUCCCACCACACAUCUGAGAGCUCAGUGCAAAAUGGACAGCCACUCCAUUCCUGCAGCAUGCCCAGUUUCUCGCCACACUGUAUACAGCUGCAGUCUGUGGAGCCUUGCAUGAUUUACUGAAGAUUCAAAUCCACUCACUUCCUUCUCACUGCCUGCAGAGCCAGAGUGCCUGAGGAACCUACAGAGCUCCUAGCCUGGAGAAAUUGGGUCCCUGAGAGCCUAAAGGACCCAGAAAUCUACCCUAACCCACACAGUUCCCAUCUUGAACUUGUCCUUUUUGUAAUUUCUGGUUUUAGGUUAUAACUUCAUUCCCUGUUUUGUAGCACUCGGGAUCAAGCCUAGGACUAGGUACAUGCUAGGCAAGCACUGUGUGCCAAACUAGAUCUCCAGUCCUUUAUAUCAUAAUCUUGUAUAAUUCUUCCAUAGUGUCAGAUCUACCCUGUAUAAAGCACAUUGUUUUGUGUAAAGCAGUUGAAGCUUGGCUUUUUGUCAUAUCUGUGAAGUGAUAAGGGUGUGUCCUGCUCCUGAAUUGGAGCUGGCUCACCCUAUACAGUGACUUCCCAUUCUCCAAAAACACCGUUACUUCCCAUUCUCCAAAAACCGUAAAACAGGUUUUCUGUUUUAACUAGGUGUCAGGUGUCCCAUGAGGUGGCAUCAUAAAUAGAGUUUUCAUGUCACAAAGUCAAGGCCUAAGUUGCCUAGGAUAAGAUUUUAAAAGAAAAAAGAAAAUGAAACAAAAAGAACAUUUCAUUUUUGGCUUUUUCAAAUUAUUUAGGAAAAGUAUUUCUCAAAGGCUGUUAGAAUUAUCCAUUGUAUCCAUUUUUACUAGAAAGGUUCUUGUGUAAGUCAAGUUGGGCGCAGAUGAAAUUUCCAGAGACUCCCUACACCUUAUUCCUUAGGCUUGUCUUUCUGAGGGAAGUACCAGAACCUCACUAGUCACCAAUUUCACCACUGUGCUGCAUACCUGAUGCCAUUAACUUUACAGUGACCUAACGUGGGGGACAAGACUCCAUUGGCAGUCAAGGGCUGUAGUCUUUCUGGUCCUUGUCACAACUUUCUGCAAAGUGUUCCUUUCAUAGCUUAUGUCUCAAGGAGCUGUAGUCAAAGGAGAGAGCUAAGAAAGUGCCAGGUUAUGGGAACUCGGAGCUGCUUUGUAGAACCCCAUCCUGAGGUGGAGACUGAUGCCAGAGACAUUUUACUGAGUGUUGAAGGAGCAAGUUGUCUGAGGUUUGUAAAUGUUCUUUCACUUACUGUGACUGCCUAAAACUCUGAGGUUUGGGGAGUACUCCCACACAUAUGAGACCCAGUAAGAGAGCCCCUGAUCUUGCCUGCCAGGGCUCAGAACCCACGUCCCUGGUAGCUAUGUCUUGAAACUGAGAUUUUGAGACUGUCCUGAGACAGUCAGGAAUGCAGAAGAAUUCCUAAUGCAGUCACUUAUGCCAGUGUCCAAGUGGGACUUGUUUUCCUGUAGCCCUCCUUUGGCUUUGGUACCUUCCUACCCAUCAGGUCUCCAGACUGAGUCAGUCCUGCUGAACAUCCUGCCACAGAGAAGCCUGCUCUUGGCAGCCUGAAAAGCAGUUCAACAUCAGUUCUGGGGCAGGAAUUCUGGUUCUUCCACCUGGAACAGUGGCUGAUGACAUUCUUGGUAAACGUCACCCAAUUAGUGGAGUAUCCAUUGUUUUUAAGACAUACAAUUCUGUACUUUUUCAUUUUAAAGAUUUUAUUGGGAUAUCAGGGCAUCCAAGCUGGAGGAGUGUUAGAUGGCUCAGGGUUCACUCAAUCCACGCAGUCGUUCCCCACCUUUCAGUCUGUGCCCUCCCUCCUGGUUAUCUACUCUGUUUCUAUACUUGCCUACUCUGCACAGCUUUUUAGCUUCCCCCCAAGGCAUCCAGGCCUCUGGAACCACCAUUCUUUACUACAGCUAUGAGGGCCUGAGUGCUCUUGACUCUGUGGUUAUCAGAAUGUGCAUAUCAAAUAUAUACUGGUUCCAGCCUUUGCACCUUGGCUUUUACCCAUGUCCAUCCUUGUAUAGUAAAUCUGUCUAGAAAUUCUGUAUCCCUGCAGGCACUGUAGCCAUUGAGGAGCUUGAUGACUUUGGUAUUUCUACAAGGGCGAUCUCCCAGCAUUCACACUUAGGUUGCUGUGAGGCGCAUCCUGGUUUUUAUUUAAAGGGCCCUGGGUAGGCUAGCUCUGCUCUGCUCACACUGUCUCAUGUGAACAGACCAGGCCAGAACAGACUCCUACAAAGUCUCAGAAUGUGAGGAAGCCAAAUGUCAGCUCCUGUCUAUUUUUUCCACUGUGGAGUCAGGUACAGGGAAUUUCUCCAUGUGGGGUACUAUGAGCUGCGUAGAGUAGCUUUGUAAUUACUCUGGCUGUCUGCUCAUGGUUUUGCAUUUCUCUGUGACCCAAUGGGUAGCACAGCUUCACUCCAGAGUUUGGAGAAUUCAGGGUAGUCAUCUUGCUGCUGCAAAGUUAGUAGUUGGAAUUAUGUGGGGACAUGGAGAAGUGACAGUUUCUACUCCACGAUUUUGCUAAUGCCACUCAGUUCAGUGCUUUUGUGUGGAUUAUGAUGGAGAGUCUAAAGGGAGCUUGAGUUUGCCAAUUUUUUUCUAAGAACAGUGUUAAACUAAGAGACUAUAAAUUAAAAUCACUUGGACAUUGAUGGUAGGAGGGAUGUUAGUACCACUGUCUUGAAGUUCACUUUGCUAUUUACUAUCUGGGAAAGCUCAAAACUGCUCCCUUUGUUUGAUUUAAUACUUAUGCUUGUAAGAGUCAUUUACACAGGUUAUAAUCAAAGCUUAGUACUGUUAUAAAUAAGAGAUUUCUCAAUGUGAAUGAACAGGGAACUGGUAAAUAAUCUGUACUGUGGUGUCACAUUAAACCCUAAUGCAAUACACUAAAGUGCUGCUUAUAUGAUAACAAAACCAGCGGGAUGUUGCUGUCCAUGGUGAGACAUUAAAGUCCAGGAAGCAGAUAUCUAAACCCAGACAUCCUGGGUGUUUUUGACUUCAGUCUUUUUAUAUUUGUGUAUUUUCUAACAAUUUCAUGACCAACUUUGUAAUGAAAAUAUUUUUAUAGAAUGAAAUAAAUAUUUAUAAUUUAGCUAA